GCGCGCGAAUUUCAACUUACCGAGGAGCUUCAUUUUCACGCUGCGUCAUGAGACUUACGAGUUACCGACAUUGCUGCAGGAAAGAAAAGGUCAGUUCUCGCUCUGCAAACAGACCUACAGCCGUUUGGUACGAUAUGUUGUAAACUGACCGCCGGCCAUAUUGCUUUGCGUUAGAACUGCGGCCAUUGGUUUACACGCGCUCUUUGCUGUUUCUAGAAACGCAUUUAAACAUUCGAAUUUUGACUGUUGCAUCGGAAAGAUACAAGCGCUGUGGCGUUGAUCGAGGUAGCGUCUUGAUUCGUUUUGGGGCGAAAACUUUACAAAGUGCUUAGUUUUGACACCACACUUAUUGCGCGAAACUCAAGUAAUCGCAACGCAGGGAGAAAAAUGCCAGCCGAUCAAAUCCAGUACUCCGAAAAGUACACCGACGACAAAUACGAGUACAGGCAUGUCAUCCUACCUCCGGACAUAGGAAAGCAAGUGCCAAAAUCCCAUCUGAUGACGGAAUCCGAGUGGCGUAAUCUUGGCGUCCAGCAGAGCCCCGGAUGGGUUCACUACAUGAUGCACGGCCCAGAGCCACAUAUUCUUCUGUUCCGGAGACUAAGAUCUGAUUUGCCAGUUCGAAACAACAUCAAUCAGCAGCAUCAAAACAUCUGUGUAGUCUAGAUAAAUAUUCCAUGUUCAUUAAGUUUGAGUUUUCUAUGCUAUUUGUAUUUUUAUAUCAAGUAUUAUUAUAAUUCAUUAUUAAAGUAUCAAUCAAAACAUGUACCUAAGACAUUAUCGUUUAUUAAUACUCAUCGAUUUUGGUCCAAAUAAUUUCCACAAAAAUGACGAGUUUAUUAUUGACAAAUGUAUUGACAAUAAAAGUGAUAAAUAAUUAUUAGAAUAUUGUUCGUAAAUAUAUUAAGUUUUGUCAUUGUAUUCAUCUCAAGUAUGAAAUGAUUGUAACUUUCCAACUUUUGUAAUAAAACUUUUGUAAUAUUGUAAAAAAA